CUCAGCCAUUUCGCAUAUCACGACGAUGAAAGAGGCCGAGGGAAGGCAGGCGGUACCAAUCCCGGAAAAGGUUCUGCGCGACCUGGCCAAGAAUGCCUCCAGAGUCAUCCCUCGAUUCGACGAGAAGGAGCCAAUCACUGGCGUGAAGUAAGGAUGCAAAAGAGCUUCACGAUCUCGUUGGUCCUCUCCUGGAGACAGCUGAUUUGCCAGACCUUAACCCUGGUCACAGAGCCGCAGCAUCGAAUGCGCUGUGCUCUCUCAUCGAGGCUUGCCAAGCAUCAAAAAGCGAUUAUGCGUGCAAUACUAUCCUGGAUGACUCGAUAUGGCUACGAUUGUUCAACAUCUACCUGCAGAGAUCGGACGAUGCCAAGGGCAAGUCCAUGAGGCAGAUGCUCCUACUUCUUACGGGCGUUAUUACAAAAGACCAAAGCACGAGAGCAUCCCACCUCCGCUUGCAAGCUGCAGCAACCUUUGUAGACAUCAUCUGUGACCGACAGGACCGUAUCAAAGUCAAGCCAGCUCUGCAAGGCCUAGCACACUUCUUGCUCCGCGAUGUAGUGUCGAUAGCGCAACUACUCGAGAUCUACGGCGCCCAAUCAGCUUCUACGGGUGAAUCGAGGACUCCGUCUCCGCAGGCCUUGUUUAAGACUUGUCUUGCAUGGGUUGUUCAUCAUGAUACCUCCCUAUCAGCAGGUCAUCUGGUCAAGAACUUCCUCAUCCAGGCGCGCCGCUUACCGGAGUAUGGUCCCCAACAUGAAAGUACUGCCACAUCGCCACUCUGGAUAGAACCAGUCGUUGGCAUGCUUCAUCAAUGGCCGGAUCGUCUCCGCGAGUUCAAGGCCAAUGUCUUUCCGCACUGCUUCAUGCCUAAUAUCGACGAGUAUCUUCGCCUUCUUUCAUAUCUGCGGUUUGACGUACACGUUCAGUCAAAGGAAGGCCUGCCUGAGGUUCUGCGAACACACGAGUCCCAUAAGAACGAUUUGGAGAGGUCUGAGGAGUUCAAAAUCCUUCUAGCUGCACUCGAGACAGGGAAGGAGCUGACCAUUGUCCGUGACAUAGAUUACCGCGUUUGCGAUCGUAUCGAAGUACAAGGCAACUACUUGCACCUCCCAGAUGACAUCUUCGGCGCAUGGAUGAUGCACGCCGAGCCUGAGGUCAGACUUGCCGGCAUGUUCCUUUCCGUGCAUUCUACUGCGGUUACAAAACCCAUGACUGGUGGCACCUUCAAAUCACUGGAGCGCAACCUCGUACACCUUCACUCGGACACGGAUGCAUACUUCCGAAGGGAAGUCCAUGGCUACACACAGAAGCUGUUUGAUCGCCUUCGAGCUAGUACAGCCACACUCUCGAAGAGCUUGAUCAAGGGUCGCACACCGGGGCAGGGUCGCUUGCCUUUUCCAAAGGAGUGCUUCCAACAACGCAACGAACAGACGGGUGCAACAGAGGAUCCACUUACGGAGUCUCUCGCGUUCAUUGUGUGGUACGUAAGAUUCCUUGAGUGGGAGCUACGCUCAACUGGCACGUAUCAAAGACGCAUUACUGCUCUUCGGUCGUUGAUCACCACACUCAAAUCUGGUGUCGAUGCAGGAGUUCCACGCGUGCAGCUGUCAAAGUCUGCUCAGGGAGAGCUGAACUGGGCGCACACUUUGCAGAUCUCGAACCCAGGACUUACACGGUUGCUGCUCGAUCUGGUGUUGGACCCCUUUGAUGAUAUCAGAGAGGCCUCCAUAUCGGUCUUGCAGCUCUGCCUCGCUGCACUGCCAGACGCCGAAAGGGCUUCGGUUUUGUCGACGCUUCGUCGAUUCAUCUCUCGUGCAGAGGCUAUGAUGCUUCGAACAGGACGUGCUGACCAGGCUGAUGGAGUCGCUCGGGCAUACUCGUUACUGUUCGCUGUGGCUGACACAGACCUUACGACAUCGUCGGAGUCAUCGUAUUCGCGAUCCGGAGUCUUUGAUGGUCUACGAAAGCAGCUGGCUGAUACACUGGAUAUCGCUCGCACAAACUUGUCAGAGGCUGUGAACGGUCGCCCUGUGCACGGCAUUUAUGCUGCAUUGACCUAUAUCGUCGAUCAAGAUGACUUGUACCCGGCUAUUGCGAAUGAGCCAGCCGAGACUCGUCAGAACUGGGUGGAGGCUCACAACGAGCUGAUCACAAGCUUCGAGUCGCUCUGGUCCAUUGUAUACAACGUCCUGUGUGCAGAUGCUCCAGAAGGAAACGUACCCGACGAGGUAGACGAUGCUGCCAAUCUGGACACGAGAGAAGUCCUGAGCUAUUCGUGGCGUGGUCUCAAAGAGGCUAGCGUCUUGAUCCGAACUAUCAUCACCAAAGCUUCGAUUGGCGAUGAUGAAAAGGCCAUCAUUGCCCCCGCUGUUUUUGAAAGACUUGGACGGCUGUGCUUCACUCAACUGUUGGAGCUCCGCCAUCGUGGUGCACACUCAACUGUCGCUCAAACCUUUGCCGCGUUUUGCCGCCGUUGCGCAACUUCGAAGAUUCCGGAGCUGCAGGCAUUGCCGGAGACGUGGUAUGAGGAAACGCUGCGAUCUAUGCAAGACAAGGCUGGAGCGAUCACUCGAAGAUCUGCUGGCAUCCCUACACUCAUGGCCAGUAUCAUUGCAGCUGAGCCAGAGGCUAGCAGCAAGCUGCUUGCUCAUGCGAUAAAUGACCUGGUCAACGAGGCAUCUGUAGAGGCGCAACACACCAAUAUCGAGGAGAGUCGCCUGCCUCAAGUACACGCACUCAAUUGUAUCAAAGAAAUCUUCACAACCUCGAAACUCAGCCUAGCGUCAGAGGCGUAUAUUGCACAGGGACUGGAGCUCGCAGCAAAAACGCUGAACUCGAACAUCUGGCCAAUUCGUAACUGCAGUCUCAUGCUUUUCAAAGCGCUGAUCGAGCGACUUCUCGGCAGCAGCGAAGCGCAGGACUGGAAAGAGCAAGACCGAGCAAAGACGUCUCGCUUCUCGUACGACAACUACCCUACUCUGCUAAGCAUCCUUUCCGAACUCCUUGACCCAAGCGGUCCGUUGAAGCAGACACUUGAGCAUACUUCAGAGAGCAGCAAUCCGUUCGAUCUACAUGGCGCUGAGGGUGUCUUCCCUGCACUGCAAAUCCUACGGCAGGCAAGACCACCUAUAAACGAGCUUGGCCCCAUCCGGACCUCUGUCGAAAAGCUUCUAGCAAGCCCCCACUGGCACAUGCGCGACAUGGCUGCAAGAACGGUGGUGUCCUUGCUUCCAUCACACGAGAUGUACGGUGCAGCAUUCAAAAGGCUCGGUGUGCAUCACAGCUCCGCCAACACACGGCACGGCGUACUGUUGGCCGUCAAGUACAUGGUGAGGAAACUGGUCAAUGAUCAGCUCAAUCUCGGUACUUCUUCGCAGAGCAUCGAGGAUUUGUUGCUGCAGCUUCUCAACUCCGUUGACCGGUGGUUCACCCACAACGCAUGCCCCUUGAUCGAUACCGUCUUCUUCGAUAUCGUCAGCACAUGUGGCUUAGCCAUAUUGCAGCGCCAGGGGUCAGAGUCGGUACUCGUAGCAUGGACUCAGCUCACUUCUGCCAUCGACAUUGGUCCAGAGUAUGAGUUGGGCGUCGGGGCCGAGUCAGACAGUCCACUACGCACUGAGGCACUGGCGAGGCUUUUCAUCAUCGAUCGUACUAUAGUCCGCACGGAGUCUCUCGGCACCAUUGUGUCGCAAGACUAUCAGAGCAUUGGCGAUGCCCUCGAGCUGCUAGCUGCAGAGGAUCCAGAUACAUGCCGUGCCGCCCUGGAGAUGCUGGAGACAAUCAUCGAGAGGACCGCGUUCGACGCCCCAAAGAAGCCAAUGUCGUUGCUCAUGGCUCACAUCCACCGCGUGGUCCUGAACGCCGCAGACCCAGAAGUCACCUCCAACGCCCAACGCAUCCUCGCCGAAGCCCUCGACGGCAACGCUCCCAGAAGCGCAGAGUUCUUUAGCUUGCUCACAGACGCGCAAAUGCUGCAAACUCUGACCAAGCUGGAAGCCCAAUGCCUCUCCGGCCCGCCCUCCAACAUGCAGAGCGCCCUACACCUCCUCGGCUUCUUCCUCGAACACACCCACCACGCGCUCCCAUCCGCGCGAGCCAUCGUCCUGGCCGCAGCGACACGCUACAUCCGGCUGCUGCGCAUGACCAUCCUCGACACAAACCCUUUCGACACGCGCCUUGCCGCCGCGCAAUCCAUCUGCGCCCUCAACACGCUCUGGACCGCGCGCACAUCCGCAUCCGCGCCCGCGCCGCUCGUCCUCGGCAUUGGCCUGAUCCUGUACGACAUGCUGCAAGACGACGACGACGAGAUCCGCGAUCUCGCCGCCUGCGCCACACGGACAUUCCUUGCGACCACAGCCAGCAAGGAGAUCGAGCCGACGGUCCCGCUCCUCGCAACGCAGCAUCUGCUCGCGCACCUGCUAGUGCUUUUCCCCGCAUCGGGCGCGCUGGCAACGCACGCGCUGCGCCGGCUAACGGCAACGCACGCGCCCGCAGCACUGUUCAGCGUCCCGUUCGCAGACUCGCUGCGCUCAGCGACACGCCCGCAGACGGCCCUGUUCGCGCACGAGAAGCAGAACCUCUUCCACGACGGCGCGCUCGAUGCCCUGGCCUGGUCGCGCGCGCUCUGCGCCGCGGGGGUGGCAUCUGCACUCCCGGCGUCGGCGCUCGAGCAAGGCGCGCAGUGGACGAUCGACGCGCUUGCCGUUCUCACGGCCGCGUGCGAAAGCCAGACCGACGGCGCGCUGGGCUGGGCAAGCACGCCCGACGUCUUCGCGUGGCUGCUGCGCAUCGCGAGUCUCGCCGACGUGCUGCUGCGGUGCGGAUGCAAGGCGAAGAGCGAUGUGAAGGUGGGCUUGGCGCGGCUGGCGGCGGCGAUGGACAGGGCGGAGUGCCACGCUGUGGUGGUGAAGAGAGCGGAGAAAGCGCUCGAGGAGGAUGUGCUGCGGAGUCUGGGGGUGGUGAGGGGCGUUGCGAGGGAGGCGCCGGGGUAUGCUGUGAGUUGGCUUGGGUAGAUGGGCUUGUGUGCAUAGAGUGUUGUGGAUUGUGUGCAUAGAGUGUUGUGGAUUGUGUGCUUGAUUGGCAACGACGGGCUAGUGGAUUGUUCGAGUACAAUGACAACAACAAUAACAACAUGAACACACUUUAAAAGGACCAGAUGCCCUACCGUCUGGUGAAAAUGCCCCCCGCCCUGCUAGCCUCAAACUGCUUACUCACACUCCCAUACUUGGCCUGCCACGCGAAGAAAUACAGCAGCGCGCCGAGUGGCUGUCCGACGAGACAAAAGCUGACCCAGAAAAUCAUAUUGCCGGCCGUCUUGCCGUCGAUGCCGCGGAUCUUUUGGAUCACGUCCGUCAGGGCAA